AUGGUGUCUCCCUCUGUAUACCGCAUUCUGGUCGUGGCCUUUGUGGCCCUGGGCAGCAUGACGUACGGCUACUGCUCGAGCAUCGUGGCGACGACGCUGGACCAGCCGUCGUUUGUGGCGUACUUCUCGCUCGACACGCGCCCCGACGCAACGCAGCUGAUCGGCGCCGUCAGCGGGCUGUUCCAGGCCGGCGGCCUGUUUGGGUGUCUUUCGUGCCUGACGUCGGCGGACUGGCUGGGCAGACGCAGAGCGCUACUGAUCACGGCGCUGGUGACGCUGGUCGGGGGCGCGUUGCAGGCCGGCAGUGUGAAUAUUGCCAUGUUUCUUGUGUUUCGCUUCGUCACCGGCCUAGGAAUUGGCUCCAUCGUCACUCUGGUUCCACUUUACCAGUCGGAAAUCGUGCCUCCACGCAUCCGAGGAUUCCUGGUCGGGAUGCACGGCAUCCUCAUCUGCACGGGCUACUCGCUGGCCAGCUGGGUGGGGCUGGGCUUCUACUUUGUGAAUGCCUCCGGGGCGCAAUGGCGGCUGCCGCUGGCGAUUCAGUGUGUCCCGCCGCUGCUGCUGGCGCUGGGGAUCGGCUUCCUGCCGGAGUCGCCGCGUUGGCUUCUUGACCAGAAUCGGGUCGAGGAAGCGAGACGGGCGUUCGAAGCCGUGCGGGCCGACGAGAGCGACGCGGAUGUCCCGGAUGACGCUGUCGAAUCGGAAUUCCGGGCCAUGCAGGCCCAGAUCCGAAGCGAGCAUGCCCAGGAACACACCGUGAUGGAUCUGUUCCAUUCCGCCGCCAUGCGCAAGAGAUGUCUCAUCGGCUUUGCCGUUCUCUUCGGCUGUCAGGGCACGGGGACGCUGGUAAUCAACAAUUAUGGCCCCCUUCUCUAUGAAUCGCUCGGCUUCUCGUCGGUCGCCCAGCUCCUCAUCCAAUGCGGCUGGAUCUCGGUCUGCCCGAUCGGCAACCUGAUCAACUCGCUGCUGGUGGACCGGGUCGGGCGCACCCGGCUGCUGAUGGUCGGCUUCGUCGGCGUGAUCACCGCGCUGGUGGGCGAGUGCGUGGCCAUGAGCAUCUUCGACCGGACGGGGGCGCGGUCGGCGGCCAACGCAGCGGUCUUCUUCCUCUUCUGGCACAUCGCGUGCUUCUCCAGCACCUCGGACGCAACCUCUUACAUCUACGCGUCCGAGAUCUUCCCCACCCCGCUACGGGCCAAGGGCCUGGCCGUCUCUGUGUCGGGGCUCUUUGUGGCUACUAUCGUCUUCCUGCAGUGCGGGCCCACGGCGUUUGAUGCCAUCGGGUGGAAAUACUACCUUGUCUUCCUUGCCUGUUCGGUCGUCGUCCUCUUCUUCGUCUGGUUCUAUUGUCCCGAGACCCGCCAGCUCUCUCUCGAGGAAAUCAGCGAGCUUUUCGGCGACCACGCGGCGGUGAUUGAACCGGAGGAAAUAGAAAUAGAAGCCAAGUCUAGUUAG